CUCUCGCCGGCAGGCCGGCCGCGCGCGCGUGCGCGAUGACCUUCCCGCUGGUGUGCUACUGCAACGCGCUUCCCCGCCCCGUCGCCGCCGUGUUCAAGUUCCUCCACGCAACCGCGCUGGCCGUGGUGCUGGUGCUCUGCCUCCUCGGCCUCUACGAGUUCCCCUACGUCCCCGAGGACCACGCGCCGCUCAUCAACGGCCGCCGCCAUCGUCCCGACCGCGACGACACGCCUCCGGAGACGGUGAAGCAGCGGCUGCCGACAGUCCAGUUCGUCGUGCACCUGGCGGAGCUGUCGUCCCAGCUCUCGACCGCAAAGAGCACAGCUACAUCGGCGGGCCUCCACGACGACGACCACGACGGCCAGGGCAGCGCCGAGCAGGGGAGCAUGUCUAUGUGCAGCGUGUGCCUGGAGCGGCUGGAGCCGACGGACUUAGUUCGGCGGCUGGGCAACUGCGCACACGCCUUCCACACAGGCUGCAUCGACCGGUGGAUCGACGUCGGCGAGCUGACGUGCCCGCUGUGCCGGUCCAACCUACUGCCGCGUCAGCGCGGGGGGCUGCUCGCCAGGGCACGGCGGCUAGCUACGUAGCUAGUUUCUCUCCGUCGCCCGUCGGUACGUACGUGUGCAGGGGACAGUUUUGUCAAUUCAGGCGUGCUGCCCGAUGUGUGUGCAGGCCAACCACGGUUCACGUCGAUCAGGACGACAAACCACCAAGCAGUAUCCGUGCUAAUCAACAAACUAUUGAGGGAGGCCCACGGGUCUACUGUCCGUGAUUAGGGAAAAGCAUCAGUGAUCACCAUAAAGAUUGGGCGAUUGACAUGUGCUGGCGAUGUGUCCUACUGCAUCCGUCAACCAAUACACUGUUCGUGCUUUGGGUACAAAAGAUGCACCCUGUGUUGAUCUGUUGUUGUCGACCAUUGAUUCCUUCUCAUUUUGCGCAGCCUAACUGCAUACCAUCGAUGUGUAACAUCUCUUCAUUAUAUUAUGAUGAUAAAUUAUAGGCAGUGGAAGAAGGGAAGUAACAUAGACCUCUCACCUUUGCAUAACUUUUUAUGGAAUGAACAUCGUAUAGAAUUUGUAUGGACAUGACAUUACACUUA